CGAGCCAAUUAUAUUUGCGGAAGUACAAGUAAACAUUGUAUUGCAUCUGUGUCUUCUAGUGUUUGUGCCUGUUAACUGAGUGGUUGUGAAAAUGGAGGUGCUAAGGAGACUAGUGGCGGGAUACCACGAUCUUAUGGACAACAAAAGUGAUCCCAGAGUGAAUGAUUGGUUUUUAAUGUCCUCACCGUUUCCGACUCUGGCGAUUUGUCUCACAUAUGUAUUCACCGUUAAAGUAUUGGGACCAAAGAUAAUGGAAAACAGAAAACCCGUUGAAUUAAAAAAUGUAUUGAUAUGGUACAAUUUAUUCCAAGUCAUAUUCAGCAUUUGGUUAUUUUAUGAGAGCAUAGUCAGCGGCUGGUUCACAACGUACAGUUUCAGAUGCCAGCCUGUCGACUACUCAAGGUCACCUUUAGCAAUGAGGAUGGCUAGUGGAUGUUGGUGGUACUACAUCUCCAAGUUUACGGAGUUCUUCGACACUAUCUUCUUCGUGAUGCGUAAGAAGUAUGAUCACGUGUCGAAACUUCAUGUCAUCCACCACGGCAUCAUGCCCAUGUCCGUAUGGUUUGGAGUCAAAUUCACACCAGGUGGCCACUCAUCCUUCUUUGGCAUGCUGAACACUUUCGUGCAUAUCAUCAUGUAUUCGUACUACCUGCUGGCAGCUCUGGGCCCCCAGGUCCAGAAGUACCUGUGGUGGAAGAAGUAUCUAACGGCGCUGCAGAUGGUUCAAUUUGUAUUAGUAUUCAUCCACGCAUUCCAACUAUUGUUCACUGACUGUGACUACCCGCGAGCGUUCGUUUGGUGGAUCGGCAUGCACGCUGUCCUCUUCUACCAUCUCUUCUCUGACUUCUACAAACAGGCUUACCUCAAGAAGAGCAAGAAAGAUAAGAUGAAGGUAAAGGUGGAAGACGAUGCAGCGAAGACAGAACCAAAGGAAAUGAAGUUGCCUCUUUUGAACGGCUUCAGCAACGGAUCAGCCUUGGGCGACGUGCGGCAGAGGAUGGCAGGAGCGGUGGCGUCCCAGUAAUUAUAGAAUACACACCAACACGGAUUUUGUACUAGACUAAUAUAGAGCGAGAUGAAAUCUGUUCCUGAACUACGGAGCACUUAAUGUUAUUAAAAACCAGAAACGAGAAGGUACUACUGAUGCCAAGGUACCUACGAAACAAGGUUUUUUAUCCUUGCAUCAGGAUCGCGGCGGUCUAACCACGUGAACAAGUUCAUUACACUUCUAGUGGCAUUAAUAAAGACUGCUGCACAAGACAAAUAUAAAUUAUAAGCAAGAGUCAAAUGAUCUGUUGUGUUUUUUUGAAAUAUUAAUUUCCUUAUAAAGUUGGAAGCUUUUAUCGCACGUGCCAAAAUUGUUAAAGGAAAAUCCCACAAAACUUGUGUAGGCGAUGAUGUAGGCUAAUUUAUUAAUAUAGUAAAGUAAUUUUGACUAAAACUGUGUGUAAGAAACAUCACGAAUUAUGACAUUUUGGAUGUUAAACAAUAAAUUUGUUAUUGAUAUUAUUAGGCAUUGUGAUACAAUAUUAUUUAUGCAUGCGAUGAAUAUUUAAAAUUGCUCACUGAUUUGAAUACAAAACACACAAGACUGGUCUUUGUAUAUAAGUAUGACAAGAUUGUGCAUUUUUUUUUAUUUGAACGCUGCCAGAAUUUUGUUACAUUACAAAAACACGAAACGUUUUCCAUCUCUUAUUCGUUCCAAUAAGACAUUGUCGGAGGAGAAAUGUUCUUAACUUUAAUCUUUCCUUGAAAUUUACUUUCUAUACAUGCCUUUGUUUAGGGUCAUAUAUCACAUAGAAAUGGCGAUUUAUUUUCAAUUAUCAUUUUUAUAGAAGAUUAAUACCAAUUUAUAUCUUAUGCAUCUACUAUUUCCUUCAACACAAGUUUAUUGUGGAUAAGAGAUGGUGAAAGUCAUAAACUGCAUACAGAUAAUCACGAAUCAAAAUAAUGAGCUCAAUUAGUUUAAGUUGUUACAUGUAUAAAAUAGUUUUAUUUAUUGAAAAUCGACAAAUGGUGGUAAUAGGAAAUUUUAUUGUUGUGGACUGUUAAUUUUUAUAACAAACAUGAAAAAUUAGACGAAAAGAAAAGAAGAGACGCAUAAAAGGUAAUAUAGUAAAUGGUCAGUUACGGAAAACAAGAAGUCUAUUUUAAUACGAAACGUUUUAACAUAAUAC